GUCAGGGAGACCGGUCUAUGCCGCCACCUCACCCCCUCGCCGCCGCACCUCCACCGCCGCCGCCCUCUCCUCUCUACAAACACAAGUCUUGGUCGCCGGACAUACUCCGAGACGAGGAAUGGCUCAAGCGGAAGGACAAACACUACCAACGUUAUCGGCGGCGGAACAAGAGUGUUACUGAUGAGGAUAUUGAUGAGCUCAAAGCUUGUAUCGAGCUAGGGUUUGGGUUUGAUGAAUCGAAUGAUCGACUUUCAAGUACUUUGCCGGCGUUAGGUUUGUAUUACACCGUCAACAAGCAAUAUCACGAUACGAUCUCGAAAUCAUCGUCCAUGUCGUCGUCUUCCUCUUCUUCCGUCUCUUCAUAUUCAUCUUCCGUCUCCGAAUCCGAUCUGUUUUCUCCGUCGGAGAACCCUCGCGCCGCCGUAUUCAGUCGCGGGGACGAUCCACAGACGAUGAAGACAAGAUUGAGACAAUGGGCACAAGUUGUUGCUUGUUCUUUACGUCAAUCAUCUUCUUCAUCAUCAUCAUCAUCAUCAUCAUGAAGCUUAAAGAAUGAAUGCUUAAACCCUAGUUGCAGGUAAGUCCAUCCAUGGCUAGCUCAAAUUGAGCAAUCCUGAUCAAAUCAUUCCCCGUACAAACCAACACAUUGUUGAAUUGAAGCCCUAAGAGAUGGCAACACACUUUGGAUGCUUGUAAACAGACCAUUUCCUAUGUUUUUUAUGUUUCUUUUUCACUUUUUAUUGUAUGUAAUCUCUCUUUGUUCACAUGAUUUGCGUCUUCAUGACUUGACUUUAAUGUAAAUGUGUUAAAUUAUGUCGGUUUUCUUGUUAUAUGAUGAUUUUAUCACG